AUGUCAACACGGAAGGCCGCUUUGCUCGCCGUCGGCUCUUUCAAUCCACCAACAAUUGCUCAUCUUAGAAUGCUCGAAACGGCCAAAUCUCACCUAGAAACUCUCAAUUUUCAAGUUUGCGAAGGAAUUAUGAGCCCGGUGGCGGAUUCGUACAAUAAAAAGAGCACAGUAGUGAGUGCUCAGCAUAGGUGAGCUUGGAUUUUUGGUGAUAAAAUCGAAAAUUUAUCGAUUUUCUUUCAAAAUUCGUCAAAUUUAGGUUCAAAAUGGUGAGCGCAGCGACAAAAAGCUCAAAUUGGAUACGAGGAGACGAUUGGGAAUGCACACGACCCACGUGGACACGAACUUUAGCUGUGCUAAAGCAUCAUUUGGAAGGAGUUAGGGUAAGUGUUUUGGGGGCGGGGAAGAAAAGAGGAUUUGCUAUGGAAAGCCGAUUUUUGAUUAUUUAGAGGGAAAAGCUUGGAUUUCAAGCUUAAAAUGAUUGAAAAUAAGGUGUUUUUGGUGGAAAAUCUGAAAAUUUCUUGAAAAUUCAGCUUUCUGGAUGAAAUUUUCAUGAAAAUCGAUAAUUUCAACUCCCAGAGCUUGAAUUUCAGCUUUUCAAGCUUAAAAUUUAAAAAAAUUUCAGAAUUUUCGAGAAAAUUCUGUUAGAAUCAAGUUUCUAGAACAAAUUUUCAUGAAAAAUCGAUAAUUUCAGCUCCUGGAGCUUGAAAUUUAGAUUUUAAAGCUCAAAAUUCAAAAAAUUUCAACAUUUUAAGUUUCUUGAACAAAUUUUCAUAAAAAAUCGAUAAUUUCAGCUCCUAGAGCUUGAAUUUCAGCUUUUCAAGCUCAAAAUUUAAAAAUUUCAGAAUUUUCAUGAAUAUUCUGUUAGAAUCAAGUUUCAAGAACAAAUUUUUAUGAAAGUUCGAUGAUUUCUGUUCCUAGAGCUCGAUUUUCAGCUUUUCAAGCUUAAAAAUACGUAAAAGCCUGAAAUUCUCAAAUUUUUCAUGAAAAGAUCAAAAAAUGUCUGAAAAUUCUCAAAUUUUCCAUCAAAAAUCAACUUUUCUAGCUCAUUUUCCUCCUGAAAACCUCCAAAAUCCAAAUUUUCAGCAGAAACACGGUGCUGAAACUUGUCUCUUCCUUGUAGUCGGCGGUGAUGUCGUCGAUUCCUUCCCUCGAAUUCUUCCCGACGGUUCGAAUUUGUGGAACGCCGAUGAUAUUCUCAAAAUCAUCAUGGAUUUCGGGUUAAUUGUGAUAAGUCGUGACGGAGCGACACCGCUGCAAACUUGCCAGGCGAUGCCAACGAUUUGCCACGUGGCGGAUAGGAUUACGAUACUUGAGGUGCGUGAAAAUCCACGUUUUUUGACACCAAACAAGCCUAUAUUCGAUGAGCUACAAAAUAUGCGUCAGCAUUGAGUGCUGACGCAUUUUUUGUAGAUUUUGUUACUAAAUUCGGAUCGAGGAAGUCAAGAAAAUCAGUUUGAUACCAAAUAAGCCAGGGUACAAAAUAUGCGCCAGCGAAAUUCAUAUAGCUGCAAAAAAUGCGUCAGCAAUAGGUUGCUGACGUGUUUCUUGAGCAUUCUUAAAUCAAGGCUUUGUAGUCUCAUAUUUUCCACCCUUCAAAAAUUCACCAACAAUGCGCCAGCAUUGAGUUGCUGACGCAUUUUUUGUACCUCACGGCUUGUUUGGUGUCAAAAAACGUGGAAUUUCGCGCCAAAACCUACAGUAACCCUCAAAAUUUUCUCAAUUUUCGUUGCAGGACCAAGUUCUACCAAAUCUGAUCAGUUCAACUCGCCUGCGUCAAGCGAUUCUGGCGCGAAAAUCGAUAAAAUACGCCACUCCCGAUGACGUCAUCGACUAUAUUCGGGAAAAUAAUUUGUACGCGGCCUAG